CCCAUCAUGCUCAUUGGCCAGGCUGGCUGCUGGUGACAGUAAGUGGCAGGCGCCGGGCCUAGCGCUCUGGGUCGGGUCGAGUCCUACGAAGCUGUCGGAUCCCCAGAAUCACCGGGGUCACGGUUCCUGAGGUGAAGCGCGAGACCGGUUACUGCAGCUGCAGAGCCAGGACAUCAGAGCUGGAGUGAAGCAGACACUGUCCAUGGAGCAGGUGGAUAAGGUGGACAGGGGGCGGUGGUGAUGGCGCAGUUUGACACUGAAUACCAGCGCCUAGAGGCCUCCUACAGCGAUUCACCCCCAGGAGAGGAGGACCUGUUGGUGCACGUCCCUGAGGGGAGCAAGUCACCUUGGCACCACAUCGAAAACCUCGACCUCUUUUUCUCUCGAGUUUAUAAUCUACACCAGAAGAAUGGCUUCACUUGUAUGCUCAUCGGGGAGAUCUUUGAGCUUAUGCAGUUCCUCUUUGUGGUUGCCUUCACCACUUUUCUGGUCAGCUGUGUGGACUAUGACAUCUUAUUUGCCAACAAGAUGGUGAACCACAGUCUUCACCCCACCGAGCCCGUCAAGGUCACUCUGCCAGAUGCCUUUUUGCCUGCCCAAGUCUGUAGUGCCAGGAUUCAGGAAAAUGGCUCUCUCAUCACCAUUCUGGUCAUCGCUGGUGUCUUCUGGGUCCACCGGCUUAUCAAGUUCAUCUAUAACAUUUGCUGCUACUGGGAGAUCCACUCCUUCUACCUGCAUGCUCUGCGCAUCCCCAUGUCUGCCCUUCCAUACUGCACGUGGCAGGAAGUGCAGGCUCGGAUUGUGCAGACCCAGAAAGAGCACCAGAUCUGUAUCCACAAGCGUGAGCUGACAGAGCUGGACAUAUACCACCGCAUCCUCCGUUUCCAGAACUACAUGGUGGCACUGGUUAACAAAUCCCUCCUGCCCCUGCGUUUCCGCCUGCCUGGCCUUGGGGAGGUUGUCUUCUUCACCCGUGGCCUCAAGUACAACUUCGAGCUGAUCCUCUUCUGGGGACCUGGCUCUCUGUUUCUCAAUGAGUGGAGCCUCAAGGCUGAGUACAAACGUGGGGGGCAACGGCUAGAGUUGGCCCAGCGCCUCAGCAACCGCAUCCUGUGGAUUGGCAUCGCCAACUUCCUGCUGUGCCCCCUCAUCCUCAUCUGGCAGAUCCUCUAUGCCUUCUUCAGCUAUGCUGAGGUGCUGAAGCGGGAGCCUGGGGCCCUGGGAGCACGUUGCUGGUCACUCUAUGGCCGCUGCUACCUCCGCCACUUCAACGAGCUGGAGCAUGAGUUGCAGUCCCGUCUGAACCGUGGCUACAAGCCAGCCUCCAAGUACAUGAAUUGCUUCUUGUCACCUCUGCUGACACUGCUGGCCAAGAAUUGCGCCUUCUUUGCUGGCUCCAUUCUGGCCGUGCUUAUUGCCCUCACCAUCUACGACGAAGAUGUGUUAGCUGUGGAACACGUUCUCACCACCGUCACACUCCUGGGGGUCACUGUGACCGUGUGCAGGUCCUUUAUCCCAGACCAGCACCUGGUGUUCUGCCCUGAGCAGCUGCUCCGCGUGAUCCUCGCUCACAUCCACUACAUGCCCGACCACUGGCAGGGUAAUGCCCACCGCUCGCAGACCCGGGACGAGUUUGCCCAGCUCUUCCAGUACAAGGCAGUAUUCAUCUUGGAGGAGUUACUGAGCCCCAUUGUCACACCCCUCAUCCUCAUCUUCUGCCUGCGUCCACGGGCCCUGGAAAUUAUAGACUUCUUCCGCAAUUUCACUGUGGAGGUCGUUGGUGUUGGAGAUACCUGCUCCUUUGCCCAGAUGGAUGUUCGCCAGCAUGGGCAUCCCCAGUGGCUAUCUGCUGGCCAGACCGAGGCCUCAGUGUACCAGCAAGCCGAGGACGGGAAAACAGAGUUGUCACUUAUGCACUUUGCCAUCACCAACCCUGGCUGGCAGCCACCACGUGAGAGCACGGCCUUCCUGGGUUUCCUCAAGGAACAGGUUCAGCGGGAUGGAGCAGCUGCUGGCCUUGCCCAAGGGGGUCUACUCCCUGAAAAUGCCCUCUUUACGUCCAUCCAGUCCUUACAAUCUGAGUCUGAGCCACUGAGUCUUAUUGCAAAUGUAGUGGCCGGCUCAUCUUGCCGUGGUCCUUCACUGCCCAGAGACCUGCAGGGUUCCAGGCAUAGGACUGAAGUCGCCUCUGCCCUGUGCUCCUUCUCCCCUCUGCAACCUGGUCAGGUUUCCACGGGCCGGGCUCCCAGUACCAUGACAGGCUCUGGGAUGGAUGCCAGGACAGCCAGCUCUGGGAGCAGUGUGUGGGAAGGACAGCUGCAGAGCCUGGUGCUGUCAGAAUAUGCAUCCACUGAGAUGAGCCUGCACGCCCUCUAUAUGCACCAGCUCCACAAGCAGCAAGCCCAGGCUGAACCUGAGAGGCAUGUGUGGCACCGCCGGGAGAGUGAUGACAGUGGGGAGAGUGCUCCUGAAGAGGGGGGAGAAGGUGCCCGGCACCUCCAAUCUAUCCCCCGCUCUGCCAGCUAUCCCUGUGCAGCUGUACCCCGGCCUGGAGCACCGGAGACCACUGCCCUGCAAGGGGGCUUCCAGAGGCGCUACGGUGGCAUCACAGAUCCUGGCACAGUGCCCCGGGCUCCCUCUCACUUCUCUCGGCUGCCCCUUGGCGGGUGGGCUGAAGAUGGACAGUCAGCAUCAAGGCACCCAGAGCCCGUGCCCGAGGAGGGCUCUGAGGAUGAGCUCCCCCCUCAGGUGCACAAGCACGUGACCGAGCUGACUCCGCUGGUUUGUUUCGCCUUCCCCAGCGCCCUUCCCCCGCCCCUUCGGUGACACAUCGCCAAUGGCUGGGAAGGGACUGGGCGGUUACGGUGGGCGGAGCUGCUGCGGAAGAAUGCGGCUCGAGUCCGGCCCCACAUCCGUGUGGAGCGGACUCAGCCCGGCGUCCCAGCGAGCGAGGGGCGGCCGGCAGAGGCGGCGGACGUGCCCUGCGUACAGUUUAGCCUGUGGGUGCUGCGCUAUGUGGUCUCUGGAGGGCUUUUUGUCCUGGGGCUCUGGGCUCCCGGACUUCGUCCCCAGUCCUACGCAUUUCGGGUCAAUGAAGACGAUCAGGAUGUUGAAAGGAGCCAGGUUCAGUCAACAGAGGGGCCACCAGCAUCUACCUGGCGAGACUUUGGCAGGAAGCUCCGGCUACUGAGUGGCUACCUGUGGCCUCGGGGAAAUCCAGCUCUGCAACUUGUUGUGGUCAUCUGCCUGGGGCUCAUGGGGUUGGACCGGGGACUGAAUGUGUUGGUGCCCAUCUUCUAUAGGGAUAUAGUAAACUUACUGACUGAGAAGGCACCUUGGCACUCCCUGGCCUGGACUGUUACCACCUAUGUCUUCCUCAAGUUCCUCCAGGGCGGUGGCACUGGCAGUACAGGCUUUGUGAGCAACCUUCGCACAUUCCUGUGGAUCAGGGUGCAGCAGUUCACAUCUCGGGGGAUGGAGCUGCGCCUCUUCUCCCACCUGCAUGAGCUCUCACUGCGCUGGCACCUGGGGCGCCGAACAGGGGAGGUGCUGCGAGUCGUUGACCGGGGCACAGCCAGUGUCACUGGGCUGCUCAGCUACCUGAUAUUCAACGUUCUCCCCACACUGGCUGACAUCAUCAUUGGCAUCAUCUACUUCAGCAUGUUCUUCAACGCCUGGUUUGGCCUCAUCGUGUUCCUGUGCAUGAGUCUUUACCUCACCCUAACCAUUGUGGUCACUGAGUGGAGAACAAAGUUUCGACGUGAUAUGAACACACAGGAAAAUGCUACCCGGGCACGAGCCGUGGACUCUUUGCUAAACUUUGAAACGGUGAAGUAUUACAAUGCAGAAGGUUAUGAAGUGGAACGUUAUCGAGAAGCCAUCAUUAAAUAUCAGGGUUUGGAGUGGAAGUCAAGCGCGUCACUGGUUUUACUAAAUCAGACUCAGAACCUGGUGAUUGGACUUGGGCUGCUUGCUGGCUCGCUGCUUUGCGCGUACUUUGUCAGUGAGCAGAAGCUACAGGUCGGGGACUUUGUGCUUUUUGGCACCUACAUCAUCCAGCUGUACAUGCCCCUCAACUGGUUUGGCACCUACUACAGGAUGAUCCAGACCAACUUCAUUGACAUGGAGAACAUGUUUGACCUGCUGAAGGAGGAGACAGAAGUGAAGGACCUUGCUGGAGCAGGGCCCCUUCGCUUCCAGAGGGGCCAGAUUGAGUUUGAGAAUGUGCACUUCAGCUACGCUGAUGGGCGGGAGACCCUGCAGGAUGUGUCCUUCACUGUGAUGCCUGGGCAGACCCUGGCCCUGGUGGGCCCAUCUGGAGCAGGGAAGAGCACAAUUUUGCGUCUGCUCUUUCGCUUCUAUGACAUCAGCUCUGGCUGCAUCCGAAUAGAUGGUCAGGACAUUUCCCAGGUGACCCAGAUCUCCCUCCGGUCUCACAUUGGAGUUGUGCCCCAGGACACCGUCCUCUUCAAUGACACCAUUGCCAACAAUAUUCGCUAUGGCCGCAUCACAGCUGGGAAUGAUGAGGUGCAGGCUGCUGCCAAGGCUGCAGGCAUCCAUGAUGCCAUUGUGGCUUUCCCCGAGGGGUAUGAGACGCAGGUGGGCGAGCGGGGACUGAAGCUCAGCGGUGGGGAGAAGCAGCGUGUCGCCAUCGCCCGCACCAUUCUCAAGGCCCCCAACAUCAUUCUGCUGGAUGAGGCAACAUCAGCGUUGGAUACAUCUAAUGAAAGGGCCAUCCAGUCUUCUCUGGCCAAAGUCUGCGCCAACCGCACCACCAUUGUAGUGGCACACAGGCUCUCAACUGUGGUCAAUGCUGACCAGAUCCUCGUCAUCAAGGAUGGCUGCAUUGUGGAGAGAGGACGGCACGAGGCCCUGUUGUCCCGAGGCGGGAUGUAUGCGGACAUGUGGCGGUUACAGCAGCAGGGACAGGAUGAAAUCGCUGAAGAUACCAAACCCCAGCCUAAGGCAUGGUGACCAAAGUUGUGGCUACUUCCUUCCCAAAGGGUCACUGAAAGGGAAUAAGAUGUACCCUUCUUCCAUGGCAUAUUUUAUCCUGGUCUUGGGGUGCUGUGCUAGCCAAAGUGGGGGAAAGGGACCUUUCAGUAAAGCAAUUUUUGGGGAAAUAAAAGUGUGGACUGUG